GGGCUGUCCCCGUCCCCAGGACGUCACACAGGGCUGCCCCCCAUCCCCUGGACGGUUACCUGGAUGUCCCUGUCCCCAUCCCGGGGUCGUCUGGGUGUCCAUCCAUGGGUCUGAACCCACACCGUGCCCUACAGGAGCUGUCUGGAUUCACCCUGGACCACGUGGCUUUCGAGGACGGGAAGGGCAAAUGUCCCUACGACCCCACCAAGGGCCACACCGGCCUCAUUGUAGAUGGAGAGCUGUACUCUGCCACCUUCAACAACUUCCUGGGCACGGAGCCCGUCAUCCUGCGGAACCUGGGGCCGCACUACUCCAUGAAGACCGAGUACCUGACCUCGUGGCUGAACG